CUACUUCACGCUGACAACUGGAUCUACUCACAUUGUUACAGAGAGAGAAUUAGAGUAACUGUUCCAAAGCAAGCUCACACUGCUUUUGUUCAAAGAACUGUUCGGUUUUCUUUGAAAGUCAUUGGGUUACAAUUCGCAGAGUAUCUUCACAUUGUGGGUAUUCUUUGUUUGGUGGGUGAUUCAACUGUGCUCUUCCUUCCUUCAGUUCAAGAUCAGAUAAACUGCUAUCGAAAGAUCAACAAGGCGCUUUUGAGCAAGAAGAAGUUAGUGGUGUAUUCAACUGUUUGAAAAGUUUUUAUCAAGUAUCAACAUCUUACUAUUCAUUGAAGUGGUUUAACCGCCAUUGGAAAAGACAAUAAUAAUAUUUAUCCAAAAAUGCCAGAUCAAUCAGAACAACAGCAACAACAACACUCUGGGGUUGCCUCCCAAGAUUCAGAUCCUCGUUCACCUCAAGCUCAAAAUAAACCUGCUCUUUCUAUUCUCAAUAAGUCAAACUCAUCACCGGUAAAAUCACAAAUUGCAAAUGAGAAUCAAAUCAAAAGGUCAAACAACUUGAAACUAAACACCACAAGCUCUGGUCCAGCAAAUUCAUCAACUAUUUCAACACCAGAUAUGAUAACUCCAACACGCCCUUCGGUUGUUCCUACGCAAUUUCCAACUGUUGCCAGUGAUGUUCCUGGCUCAAAUAAAUAUGGAUCUGUCUCUUUUACUGUUCCUGACCAAACGGAAAAGUCACAUAGAGGGUCAAUCAGUGCAAGACCUUCAUCAGUUCAAAUUAAUACACUGGGCCAGCCUAUCCAAACUCAAAAGGUCACACAACCUGUCCAACAACAUCAUCCUACAUCUGCUACAACUAUCAAAACUCCAACAGCAACAACAACGACAAAUGAAACACUCAGCAAAGUUAGCUCACCAUCUCAAGGAAAUGUGUCUAGACAGCCUUCAAUCACAAACAGCAUACCACAGGUUGUAUCAUCAAGAAACCCUAGCAUUUCCAGUAUCUCCAACCCUUCUGCUAAUUCUUCGAGACAAAAUUCUAACACAAAUACUGAUUUCAUUAACUUCACUGCUAAUACAUUCUCAAACUAUCAUAACUAUCCACAACAUAAUAUCACAAGAGUUAAAUCACCUGAAUCAAUUAAUAGAAAUCAAAGCACCUCACCAACCUCUCACGAACGCGGUCCUUCACCACCUGUGCCACAGCCUAUUGCAAUCCCUAAAAAACCAAAGGAGAAACAAGUUAAAGCUGUUAUAGGAACACCAACUACACAAGUUCCAUUUUAUGAAUUUUUUCAAAAACAAGAUGAUCAAAAAAUUCAUAUUUUAAUUGGUGCUACAGGUUCGGUUGCCACUAUAAAAGUCCCAUUAAUUAUUGAUAAACUAUAUAAAACAUUUGGGGCUUCAAAAGUCUCAAUCCAGCUCGUUGUUACAAAGGCGGCUGAAUAUUUUUUGAAAGGUUUGAAGCUUAACUCAGAAGUCAAAAUUUGGAGAGAUGAAGAAGAAUGGUUUGGUUAUAAAAAGAUUGGUGAUCCAGUUCUUCAUACUGAAUUAAGAAAAUGGGCUGAUAUAUUGUUGAUAAGUCCUUUGAGUGCUAAUACUUUAGCAAAAAUCUCAAAUGGUAUUUGUGAUAACCUAUUAACUGCCAUCAUAAGAAGUUGGAAUCCAGCUACUCCAAUUCUUGUUGCCCCUGCUAUGAAUACAUUUAUGUAUACACAUCCUGUUACUAAAAAACAUUUGAAUUCGAUUCAAGAAGACUCCCCAUGGAUUGAAAUUUUGAAACCGGUCGAGAAGGUUCUAGUUUGUGGUGAUAUUGGUAUGGGUGGUAUGAGAGAAUGGAGUGAUAUUGUGGAAAUUUUGGUGAAGAAAUUGAAAGAAAUACAGAAAUCGAGAGCUGAUGAUGAUUCCAAAAAGGCACAGACGGAAAAUGGUGAAAAUAAUGGUGAAGAUGAAGAUGAGGACAACGAGGAUGAAGAUGAUGACGAGGAUGAUGAAGAUGAUGAUGACGACGACGACGACGAUGAUGAUGAUGAUGAUGAUGACGACGAGGAUGAAGACGCAGUUCAAGAAUUACCAAAUGAUGAAACUUUGCAAGGCCUUAGAGAUAAUGGUACUUCAAUUUCCCAAUAGAAAUAGCACAUAA